AACCCACUUGCCACUCCCUCUUUGUUUCACAAUUUUUUCCUAAGCCCAUCACUGUUCUCUCCCUUUCCCUUUCCACUUUGUCUAUACAGAGUUAGCUAAUAUUAUUGUUCAUGAGCAUGGCCAUGGCUAGGCUUUUCUUAUUGUCUGCUCUCUGUGUUCUUCUUCCAGCACUCGUCUUGGGCCAAUUCCAAAUCCAAGGCCGUAUCUAUUGCGACAAUUGCCGUUUUGGGUUCGAAACUGAAAUCACAACUUACAUUCAAGGUGCAACGGUGAGACUUGAGUGUGUAAACAGGACCAACUUACAGGUAAUGUACAGUGCUGAGACACAGACAGACUCAACGGGAACAUACAACUUUGAUGUUAAGGAAGACCACCAGGACCAGAUGUGCAACUGCCUUCUGGGUAAAAGCCCAGUUGCUAAUUGCAACAAAGCAGAUCGGGGACGCAAAAUUGCCUCUGCAGUUCUCACAGCCUACAAUGGUGUAGUCAACCGGUUUCAUAAGGUCAACUCUAUGGGCUUCUUAAUCAAUGAGGCUUUGCCCCACUGCAAGCAACUUCAUAACAAGUACUUUGCAUCCGAGUGAAUAAUAUCGAUCAUUGAAAUAAGAAGUGUAUUGAAUUAUGAUGAUCAUGAUCAUCUCGAUCGAUCUCAUUAUAGUUAGUUUGUGAUCAUUUUCGUCUGUCUUAUAUAUUAAUUGGUUCUUUUUAUAUUUCUGAUAAUUAUGUCUCUUUUAUCUUGGUGGGAUAUUAUUUAUGAAUAAAGUUUUAGACAUAUAA